AAUCAAAUCAAACUGUUGUUAUGUUAUGCCUCUGCAACUCUUCCUUGAGACUUGGAUAGGUUUUUUUGUGUGUUUUGGUUGUUGUUGUGUGUGUAAGUGAGAGGAGCAGAAGGCACAAUCAUGGCCUCAGCAACUUCACCAAUGCUCAAAUCCAACUUCACUUCUUCCCCACUUUCAAGAGCUCUCCUCUCUCCCAAAGGCCUCUCUUCUUCUCCUCUUAGGCUUCUCCCUACCAGAAGAUCCUUCUCUGUCAAAGCUGUUCAAUCUGAAAAGGCACCGUUCCAAGUGAUUCAGCCAAUCAAUGGUGACCCCUUCAUUGGAAGCUUAGAGACUCCAGUAACAUCCAGCCCAUUGGUGGCAUGGUACCUAUCCAACCUCCCAGCAUACAGGACUGCAGUGAGCCCACUUCUGAGGGGAAUUGAGGUGGGCUUGGCCCAUGGGUUUCUCCUGGUAGGCCCAUUUGUGAAGACUGGGCCUUUGAGGAACACAGAGUAUGCAGGUGGAGCAGGGUCAUUGGCUGCAGCAGGGCUUGUUGUGAUCCUAAGCAUUUGCUUGACAAUGUAUGGAGUUGCUUCCUUCAAGGAAGGUGAGCCAUCCACUGCUCCUUCUUUAACCCUAACUGGGAGGAAGAAGGAGCCUGAUCAGCUCCAAACCGCUGAGGGUUGGGCCAAGUUCACCGGCGGAUUCUUCUUCGGGGGAAUCUCCGGUGUCACUUGGGCCUUCUUCCUCCUCUAUGUGCUUGAUCUUCCCUACUACUUCAAAUAGAGACUCUCCAUUGUAGUUCUUUGAGAAUUCACUUUAUAUCAUGUAUUAAUGCUUUUAUGAAGGAAAUGGAAAAACAUUUGUAUAUUUGACUUUGACCACUUUGCCACUACUUUUAAAUUAAUGCACUUCAAGUUUGUAUUA